AAAAACUUGGGAAAAAAAAGUUAUCGGAAGAGGACAAAGAAAUCCCUCGGUAGGCUGCAAGAACCCCUGCCGGCAUUCAUUCCACAACACGACGUCCUCCUCAGCCGCUUCAGUCCUCUUCCUGUGUACCAGUCUGUGGUACCAGCCCGUGUCUGUGGGACAAGAUGAUGCGGGCUGCCGUAUUUUGCGGCAGCAUCUUACCUCUGCACCUUUUCCUCUGCGUUCAUUCCCUGCCGGUACACGACCGGAGGACCGUCAGCACGUCCAAGCAGCUGCAGGGAUGGCCUCAAAAUAACAGUCAUGUUGGUCUAAAGAAGAGGGGAAGACAUGAACAGGACACGCUAAAUAAAGAGUACCAAAUGAAGUCUGUACUGACGUCCAAAAAUGGGACAGAAGUCUGGAAGCGUCGUCGCUGUGGAGUCCCAGAUUAUCCCACCUUAACGCAGGUUGGCAUGUCAUACUACAACCUGAAGAAGAAGAAGGGAGGCCUGAGUACACAGCAGCGCAGGAAGCGGUUUGCGCUGUUUGGAGGGCGCUGGGAGAAGACUGACCUCACUUACAAGAUUAUACGUUUCCCCUGGCAGAUGAGUGAGGGCAAAGUGCGGGAUGUCCUCCAGGAGGCAUUUGGUGUGUGGAGUGCAGUGACUCCGCUGAGAUUUCAAGAGGUCACCUCUGAGAAAGCUGACAUCAUUAUUGACUUCAACAGGUACUGGCAUGGAGACAACUUACCAUUUGAUGGUCCUGGAGGAAUCCUCGCCCACGCCUUUUUCCCCAGGACACACAGAGAGGGGGAAGUCCACUUUGACUAUGAUGAGCAUUGGACAGUGGGCAACAGUGUGGGCACUGAUCUCCUACACGUGGCAGCUCAUGAGUUUGGCCAUGUCCUGGGCCUGCAGCACUCCCUGGAACUUGAUGCUGUGAUGUGUCCUUUCUACAGCGACUCCUACCCUCUGCAGCUGAGCGAGGACGAUAAGAGGGGCAUCCAAUAUCUGUAUGGCCCCCCUCGGCCUGCACAGCCUGACAUAACAGAGACCAAUGAGAUUGACAUUGGAAUGCCGGACGCCUGCAAGACCAACUUUGAUGCUGUGUCCAUGAUCAGGGGAGAGCUGUUCUUCUUUAAGUUUCGAUAUGUCUGGCGAAUCCGUGAUGGGCAGCUACAAGCUGGCUAUCCAGCCUUGGCUUCACGCCACUGGAGAGGCAUUCCAGACCACAUCGAUGCUGCAUAUGAAGACAAGUCUGGCAACAUCUGGUUUUUCCAAGGUGACAGCUACUGGGUGUUUGAUGCUGAGAGGAAGAUUACAGGACCAGAUUCAGUGAGGCAGCUGGGUCUUCCUGUAACAGAUAUCCAAGCAGCUUUGAAGUGGGGAGAGGAACGCAGGGAGAAAGUCUACCUCUUCAAGUCUGCUUCUUACUGGCCAUUCAGUCUUCUGGAGAAUCGAGUCGAUGACGUCCAUCCUCGCAGCAUGCAUGAGUGGGGAGGACUGCCCAGCCAUAUUGAUGCAGCCUUUCGGGACAGAUAUGGCUACGCCAAUUUCCUGAGUGGGCUGCACUACUGGAAGUUUGAUCCUGUGGCGUUAAAGGUGCUGGAAGGCUACCCCCGCAGCAUAGGAAUGGAUUUCUUUGGCUGCUCUGAUUUUCGGUCUAAAUAGGUUCACAUACAUACAUCUGAUGACCCUCUGAAAAGCAGUAGGUUGACUUUUCAGCUUAAUUCCCCAUACAUAACAUUCUGGCUAUUUUGGAAACCUACUUAAGGCAAACUCUUGCCAACAUCAUUGCCUGCUGCAACCAAAUAGUUUUUUGAAAUCAAGAGAUUAGCAUUUGAAAAUACUGUACAUGUACAUGGUUUCUAGAUUUUACUGAGAGUAUAGUUUCACAGUAACCGUCAGUUAGUAUAUGCAUACUUUUUCAGGGCCAGGAACGCUUUUGUCAAUUAGAGAUGAAAAUACACAUCUGGAGACAGCUGGUUAAAACUGUGGAUGGUGGUGAAAUUCAGUCCUGACAGACUUCAACCCUGCCUUUGGCACCAAAAUCCAGAUGCAUGAAUUUGUCCUCCACCAUUUAAAGAGUAACAGAAAUUAUAAUUAUAUUUAAUUAUAUCAUUAUAAUUAGUUACAUCACUUGUUACAUUACAGCGCAGCGCCCACAAGUUACAUCUUCUGUAUUUAACACAUGUACUAAUAGAAAAUGAAGCAUUGUGAUUUAACAAGCAGCCGGAUGUUAUGCAGGUAUUUACCUACCUAGCUGCUAGCUUAGCCCCAGUGACUGCACCGACUGCACACAGCACUACAGAGGUUCUGUCCUCACAGAGAAGCCGGGGAGUUGACUGGUAACACCCUCCAACUGCAAAAGCAGCUCAAUCCUGUGUGCAUGAAUAUUAGUGGCUAACAUUAGCAAGCUAGGAAAGAACAUAGAACAUAUAAAUAAGACAACUUUGGAGUUACCUGGAGUUGAAUUUCUCCUCUAACUGUCCCUCCAACCCAUUCACAGAGCAUUCUGCUACCAACCCUCCGUCCAACUCCUGGUGGGACAGUAACAGAUUAUUACUAAAUUUCAACUUGUAAUCCAACUACUUGUUUCUGAAAAAAAUAAUACUGCCCAACACUGCUGAACACUACUAUAUACUAAAACAAAACAUCCCUUCACCAAGCCUCAUAACUUAAACUACACAAUUGUCAUAGGUAUACUCCUUGAAAUGUUGCUGUUCUGUAUAGUUGGCAGUACAUAUACAUCAUAAACUAACUAAUGACAGCAGAGAAUCUGAAUAAACACCAUUAUAUGAUCAGUUAUCCACAGUUUGGUGUUCACAGGAAAUCCUUCCUCCCUAGCUGCAGCCCACUACCUCCCUCCAAAUACUCGGUCUUUGCGUCUUUGUAGUCUUGAUGAUACAUAUAUCAUACAUAAAAUGGCACACACUAUCCAACAGUCUCCCCUUGAAAGCACUGAAUGAUAGAGACGAAAAGUGACUGAAGUAGUUUUGUGAUGAAUGGAAAAAGAGAGAUUGAGAGAGAAUUUCAAACCUUGCCUAUGUUCUCACAACUGCAAAUGCAUGAAACUUCAUUUUAGAUUUUCACAUGAGCUAAAGAGUAACGUCUGCCUCCAACAGCAGCUGAAUCCAAAAACUAAGUUUACUUUGUUAUGCUAGGUUCAGACUACACUAACAGCCUGAUGAUAGCUCAACCCGACAGAGGUAGGAUGUGGGGAAUGAAAACGGGCGUUGAGCAUGACAACUGAUCAUUUUAUCCCGUGUAGUGUAGCAUAGUGCACGACAGCAUCACAACGUCCUGACAGAAAGAAAUGCGUGUCAACCUUUUGCUUUCCACAACAAAUUCCAUGAAGUGUCCCAACGUUGACCAAUAAUAGCACAGAGUACUCUCAGUUCAUAAUCGUAAACAUGGUGAAGCAAAGAGGAAUGAUGUUGUUGUUGGUGCUAAGUGGAACUGUGACGCAGAGUGCAUAAGUGUGUUAACACUGACGAGUAUAGCAAAAUGCAGUGCACUAUGAGUACCCGGUACACUCAUAACAAUCAAAGAGUUGAGUGUGUGAUGCUGGACACUUCUUAGUCUCAAUGGAUGCCAUCUUAGCUACAUAACGAAAAGGGAGGAACCACCAAACUGUUUUCAGACUUGUGAAAAUGGCGGCAGCGGUUGCGAUUGUAAAAGUACAAGGGAGUUCAUUCUUAAUAAGAUUUAAUAAUAAAAAAAAAAGCCUGCAGAAAUUUAAGAGGGAAACAAUUGCGGUAGAAUGUUGGCAAUAAUGACCUGCCCAUUUACAAUUCUCUAUUAAAAAGAAGAAGAAGUGGUCAAAUGUUUGGAUUUCCACACAGUAAAAUGAGUAAACCCAAAUUAACACUGUCAGAGUUGAUUUUAACACUUUUUAGAGUGUUUAUAUGGGUCCACACCACGGAGUGUUAAUUUAACUCUUUUUGGAGUGUUGGUACCUUAACACUGAUUUACAGUAAUUUUUGACUUUUUGGAGUUAAAUAUAACACUUCUUGACACUGACCAGUUUUUCCUCAACACUUUUAUGUAGUGUUUACAUUAACUCUCUCAGUGGAUCAUUUGUUAACUACACACUUUAAAGGUGUGAAUAUAGCUCUUCCAUAUUCCUAAAAAAUAUUUGGGAAAUAAAGUUUGCAAAAUUAAUGUGUUAUGGGCCUUACAGGCACACCGCGAGAACUGCACCGAUGUGCUAUAAAGCCCAGUAUUUCCAAUGGCUUAGGGGGGUUUGCUGCUGCGUCAAGCAACACUCAGCGAACCACUUUGUGUUCAACUUAGAUGACCUUUUGUGACCAAUUAAGUAUUUUCGACAGCACACCUGAAAAACUACUCUGGAAAACCCCAGCAUAAACAGCUACAGCAGAGGUUUUCAAAGUCUGAGACUGCGGGCCUCCCCUCAGACAAAGCUUGGGAAACGGCACCACCCCACCAUAUCUUGAGUUUACUUGGUAAGUUUCGCUCCAUUCCUGGAUGCCUGUGGGAUCAUGAUUAUAUUAUUUGAUCCCAUAGACACGAAACAUUUGAGCCAAAAUAGCCUAAUACUGCUGUUUGACAUAACUUCUGACUACAACAAAUAGAUUCAAAAAAAGGUCCGUCCUGAGGCAUUUAUUAGUUUCUGACUCUGAUGGAGGGAAAACACAAGAACUACCGUAUCUCUGUACUCUCACACAUGUAGGCUAUUCUAAGUGAUCUCCUUUGAAUAACUAAUGCAAUAAGUAAUGUAAUAUUGUUUCACUUCCAUUCACUGAGCCUCCCCUGAAAGUGUUUGGAGCCCCCCAAGGGAGGCCCGCCUCACACUUUGAAAACCCCUGAGCUACAGUAUGCUGGACUGACCCAGACACGAGGCAAAGGUGUGAACUAAGGUGUACCCAGGGGGAGCUUAGCUCCCCUUAAUAAGAUGAGCUCCCCUAAAAACAUGAUUUGUGCAAUUUUGGGGGGCCAUUUUUUUGCCAUUAAUUUCUAUAUUUCUGUAUCAUUGUGGAUCAUGCGUAAAAUCAGGAACGUUGUGCUUCAUCCAGCCAGAGGGAACGAUCGGCAAACCAUCUGCAGUGUGCAGAUCUCCUGUCCCUGUACGCCCCAUUCCCUCUCCAAUACCUACAAUGACGCCCGGCAAGCUGUGAACAGUUGGUGAUCAUUCCUUCUGGUUGGAUGAAUAUUACCAUGAUCCAUCGACGUCAGGUUGAAAGAGUGUAGAGAGACUGCCACAGCUGUUGUGUUGAAAUGCAGAGUUGCAAGAAGUUUGGGCAUGGCUCCAAAUCAGCCCUUAGGUCAGCCAACAGCUCCAUGAUGGCAUAGCUGGAGAGGCAAAAUGUGCACAUUAUAUGUUCCUCAGUCAUGCCAAAAACAUUGACAGGCUGCAGCCUUGCUCUCCUUAGAUUCAAGAUUAAAUUAGAAAUAAAAGUGUUUUUACAUUUAUAUUUCCCAUAUUGUUUACUUCCGCUUUCCAGAACUGGAAACUGACUAAACCUGGCCUAACAUACUGCAAAAUAAAUCUAUUUAACAGUUUCAUACUGCAUACUAAUAUGAAAAGCAGUAUGUGGUAGGUACUGCAUACUGCGGUAAUAUGUAGUAGGUGAAAUGUCACUACUAUGGUGAAAGCAUUACCUACUACAUGCUACAUGCCCUACUGCGCCUUUGAUUGGCAUAGCCUGACGAUGAUUCUCACAUAGCCCUCGCUGGAAGAACAGGACGUUUUGAUGUUCUGCUGUCUUUAGCAUAUUAGCUCAAAAUUGUUAAACUGUAAUAUUUUCUUCUAAAUGUGAAAGACUGAAAGCUACGAUUGAGCAGGGACCAACAUGUAGCUGUCAACUCUUGGCCAAGUGACAGCAAGAAUGUAUUUGACUCUAUGAUAUCCUGAUCUGACACAGAGACGAUCUGAGCAGAAACAUUUCGGGGCGGUCUGAACCCAGCAUUAAACACACUCACACAGGAACACUUUGCACUUAUGCUUUGCCAUGUAUGUAUGUUUAAUAUAUAGCACAGCUUACAAACAAUUAAAUAUGUUACUAAUAAGUUACUUUAAAGUGGAUUCAGCACCAUCUUCUGCAACACGGACAGCUGACGUGAAGAAGCUCUUAAUUGCUGCUUUGGGAAACACGUGUAGAAAUUUAACAGGGUUCACAGAAACACUCACAUUCUUACAUUGGUUUGAGAACCACUGAUUUAAAUACUUACAUUCUCUGACAUUUGUGGUUUUGAGUGAAAUGAUUCAACCAUUGAAUUGAUGAUGGAAGUCAACUAUGCAUUGCUGAGAUUUGUGAGGUGUAUGCGUAGGCUCUGACAGCCUCUGGGACCAUACUGUUACCCAUAACACCCCUCUCUGCGUAGCUUUGUAUACUUUAUCUUUGCAGAAGCACAAGUCCGUCCACCCUUCAGUCUUGUUCCUGUUCCACCUGGGCACCAGCUACAGCCAUUUCUUUGUUCACGCUGCUGACAUUACACACAGAAAGGAAUCUGAAGUUUUGGAGGCGCACACUUUACCUCUGCUUUGCCUUACGUAUCUUCAAAUCUUGGACUUUAUUUUUCUUUCCAAAACAUGUUAAUCUCAUUAGUGCUUUGACUGCUAUCUCACUUUCCUUUGAUUUUAGUCAUUAGGUUGUUGUGCUUGCAGCCUCCUUUAGCCACCUCAGCCACAGACCAUUCAGCUCUGCAGAAACAGAAAGGGACUUUUGGCAGGCUAAAUAUUUUGAAACUAGAAAUCAGGACCAAUCAGGAAAUGACCCGUUUUUGCAGCAUUGUGAUAAUGUAAUUAUUCUCAAAAGCUUUCUAGUCUAGUAUUUAGCGUGAAGAUGGAUAAAUAUCCUGGCACUGACUGUGGUAAAGAGUUGUAUUGCUUUUGCUUUUUUGUGCCGCCAAGUGUCAAAUGUAACAAGGGAAUGAUAUUCAUUCACAGUCAGUAUUUAAAAUCAACUUUAGGUCCUGCCCAUUUUUCUCAAUUCACCACAGCAUGUUGAGAAUGAGUGAAGCGGUGUGCUACAACUUAUAUUUAAGGUGCUAUUUAAGGUUCUGCAGGCAACCUCAUAUAUAACACACAUUAAAUCUGCUCUUUUCACUAUUCAGUGUACUGUUUUGGUAUUUUUUUUAUCAGUUUCAGAGUUUUGUUUCCAUUCUCUGAUUGUUAUUGUGCCCUCAUUAUAUAAGCUCUGAGAUGGUAUUCUCAGAAAAUACCAUUUUCUGACAAUAAUUUCACUGACAAUAUAAUGUGUUUUGACAUAAAUCGUGUUACAAUUCUAAUCAGAGAAAUGAGACAAGAGCACUGUCACUAUGGUUUGACUUACUGUAUAUUUUUUAUGCAUAUUACAUUUGUUCCUUUGUAUUCAAGGUGUUCAAGAUCAGUGCAGGACACUGAUUAUUGCUUGACUAAACAUGUCAUGUCCUACAACAUAUACCUGUAUGUAUCUGUUUGCCUUUAUUGUUUCAGUCAGAAUAUGUAUUUCUCCUUUGAAUCAUUUUUUUUUUGUUUACAAUAAAACCAAAAAAUAAA